GAUGUUUGCCAGCUCUUUGUACUACCUCGACUGUGCCCUGGAUUGAACUGUAGUUCCGACGCCAACGAGGAACGGACACGGAUCUACAGCGCACGAGAAGCAUGGAGGUUAAGUUCGACAAGAUUCACUGGCUGCCAUGGGUGUUCGUGUGUACGUUGACCUUCAGCGUGAUGAUCCUCUACGCGUGGAGUGUGCUCAUCGGGGACGUGCCAGUCUUUCUGCCAUACGUGAGUGACGCUGGCGGAAACGCUCCCCAGAGCGCACUGUUUGGAGUCGCCCUCAUGGUGGCGGCUUUCUCCGGCAUUCCGCCCUUCCUGGUACGCUUCCUCUCCGUGAGGGCGGUAGACAGCCCACGAAAGAAGCUCAUCGCGGGCCUCAACUACCUAGCCCUCGUGUUCGCCGUGUUGGCAUGGCUCGGCAUUGUGAUGGUCGGCAUCAGUCCCAUGAACCAUCUACGUAGGGACGGUACCUGGCUCCUUCCCGUACUGAUUCCUCAUCUAGCCGGCGCCUCGCUAGUCUUCGUGUUUUCGGUCGCGUACUUCGUGGUGCAGAUCUCCUUCGCUUGGAUGCUGGGACCGCAGUACCGGCGACCGAUGGUGGGCUACGCAAGAAUGGCCUCCACGGCGGCCUGCAUCGCAGGAGCUGUUGCCAUGGCAGUGUUUGCGCCUUUCGAAACUCCGAAUGACUUCAAGCCUAGCGCCACUCACGGGUCUGUGUACAAGGGCAACACCGCAUGGUCCGCGUUCGGGGAAUGGAUUCUCAUCAUCGGUCUCAUGUGCAACAUCCUCACGUUGGUGCCAGACAUGAAGAGCGUCCGCGUCACCCUUCAUAUAGAGAACCUCGCGGAUGUCUCGGAGAAGGAAGUGCCCAACGAAAUGCUGAAACUCUGAACUUUCCCUGAAACAUCAUCAUCGCGGACGAACUCAGUGUGGUGCCCAAAAAGGCGGAUGACUGUGAUCAGAAACCCGUGCGGUCAGGCUCAAGAAACGUGCUUGAAACCUUCGAAAAACUCUUCCGUGUACAGUUGCCCGAGCCAGCGCGUCGACCACCGAUCAGUACAAUCUGUCCUGAAAGCUAGUCGGUGAGUAUGCAGGCAUUAUUUUUAGAGCGUAAACAAAUAUGCAAUCUCGUCAGAAUUGAGAUUUUAUAUUCUUUAUAAGAUCGAAGAGCAUAAAAAUCAAAGUUCACAGUGCCUUCGGUCGUUGGCGCCCUUCCAAGAAAGCACACAUAUAAGCUAUACUUUGUUUUACCUCAAGUCCAGAAAGCCGAAGAAAAAAACUAGCGGAUGGGGCCAACUAGUCAGCGUCAAAAGUGCGCCAUUAUGGGGUUCGUCAUGUUUGCUCUGCGCUGAACCGGUCAUAAAUAUAAAAUACCCAUUGACUUCCGCUUUUUACGCUACUUGAUUGGUCCAUUAGUUCGUAGCGUCGGCUGCGUGUGUACUUAAGCUGAAACGAAGUAUAGCUUUGUCGUUGGGGGCGUUGCUGAGGUAGAUUUCAGUGAUUAGUUGUCGACGUCCUUCGGUGGGUGUGCUGAUAACAAUUUCGCAAGUGUUUCUGUGAACUCCCCAACGCUCAGGAAACAGAAAGUACCUCUUUUUGUUGGGGUGUAGGAAAUGGACGCCUUAUGAAUGAUUCAUAUUGAACAAAAAAAAAUGUUUUUCUUUAAAAAUAUUGCAAUAUAUGCAUCAAUGGUUUCAGAGAAAACGAAAUGUUCUGCUCUGUAAUCAUACCGCAAUUUUCUAGGACUCCGUUGUACAUUUCGUUUUAGUUAUUGACGGGAAGCCCUGACGUCAUGACGGGAGUCGACCACCUUUGUUUGCACGCUUUUGAAAUUAUUUUUAUUUGCAACCACAAAGGGAAAGGGCGGCCAUAUGGUAACCGUGAACCAGAAUAAAAAAAAAAGACUAGCGAGUGAGAAGCAUAACUGAAAAUUUAAAACAUAUAAAGCCUGGUGAGGCGUAAACGAUUAUUCACUACUAAUCAAAGGCCAUACUGGGCGCUAUCCCCGUGCGCUGGCAAUAAACCUAGUGCCGGAUGAACUCGUCAAGACAUGACACUAGUUUACUUGGAGAAACUUUCUCUCUCCCAAAGCCUUUGGAGACAAACUGGCAGAGUGUGCAGUGUUCUCGUUGAUCUCUCAGAUUCAGUAUUGCGUGCAAUAGAUCAGAUAGGAAACUGAAUACUCUACUAAAAUUCAGAUUUCUGCACAGCAAGGUUCUCAUCCAGUAUACGUUAGUUUUCUUAGGUGAGCCCUACCUUCCUUAUGGGAUCAUGUUGUCACUGUUGCCUUUCUGUCCCCACUGAUGUUGUUGUGUCCACUGGUAUUAACCUCUCUAUUUAGGAAUAUCCGGUGCUCUAGUAAAAAGCGGUAUUACCCUCUGUUCCACGCUUACUCCGAGCACACACAGUGCUGCGAUCGCUGUCGGAGCCAUGGAACACGCUCAUGCCAAUUCAGUUCUCUGGGUCAUGCGCUAAAAAGCAGUGGCUAAAGCUAAAAGAAACUGCCCCUGGCCUUGUCCAGCCUUGACAGCAGAACCGUCACAUGACCCGUAAAAAACAGCGAAUACUUGUCUUUUUUUGUGUGUCAGAUUGUUUUACAUUAAGAGUUCAGAUGCAUAUUUCGGGAACAUUAUUUUAUUCCUUCAGCCUUGAUGUUCCGAAAAAUAAUUAUGUCAAAGCUUCUUAUAAGCUGUACACACGUACAAUAAAAACCUAAAAGAGAAAGCGCUGCUCAGUUCCCUUCAAGAGGGAACUGAGCCGUGCUUUCCUCAUUGUGUGUGGCUCAUUGCACCUUUUAGUUUUACCACGCAAUUGACGUCUGCAUAUCCUCCGCUACACGUUACGAUGAACCGCAACGGACGCUGCAAGCCAUUCAAGCCAAUCCAGUGCUGGGAAUGUUAUCACAUGACUACGCACCCCGCACAUCCUUGCGGCUUAUCUCGAAUGUCACGUGGGUCGCAUUGCCUUACAUUGGCUUCGAUCGCUAGGAGCGUCCUCUGCCUUCCAUCGGAAGAUGAAACGGAGGACAGUAUACGUGUCGGGUUACACAUUUCCAAUAUAAGAUCUCAUGCGAUUCAAGUUUAUUAGUACGUUGCUGGAGGCCAUUCUUUAAGGGGAAAGUCUGCGGUGGUAUUACUGAACUGAGAUGUAGUACAGUAUAAUGACCGUAGUCAUGAUUGUGCCAUUGUUCCUCAGUUUAUGCUGCAGUGCGAAUGAAAAAGAGGAGGAUGUGAACUGAAAGAAAUGGGGCUGCAGUGGGGCACUCCCUAUUCUGUAAAUACUCUGUACAGAUGUUUCUCAUGUUAUUAAAUGAAUCGUUUUGCACGUUU